CUCUCUGAAGGUAUCAAUCACUGCAUGGCAGCGACAAGGUGGGGACUUUGCCUCCUCUCCUUUCAGCCACCUCUAAUCCCCCUUAUCCUUAUCGGGGUCAGUAAAUCUGUGUGACAUUAUUAAUUUAGCCCCUAUGCUUUAUCCAUGUCAGUGUUGCCUGUAAGUACAUUUUUUGGGGUCCAAAUAGCUUCUGAGGAACUUGCACAACCCUCUGCAGCUGUCAGUGCUUUUUGCUGACAAGAAAAUGGACUUGCUAGCUGGAGGCCAAGAUCUGCUGAUAUGACUUCAUCUUCCGCCACUUGACUCAGGACAAAAAGUUGUACCAAACAAGCGAGUCAAAAUGAUUGCACCUCAGCCAGUCCCAAAUCGUCUGCUCAACACAAACAACAGCAAUAACAAUGAUGAAAAGAAGGAAAAACAAGAACAAGCAGCAAAUGAAAAGGAAAAAGACAAGGAUGUAGAUAAGCCCAAGGAUAUAUUUGUCAUUAACCCUGCAGGAAAUCUUUAUUACAACUGGCUUUUCAUCGUUACAUUACCAGUCAUGUACAACUGGACCAUGAUUAUCGCGAGGGCGUGCUUUGAGGAGCUGCAGUACAACUACAUCCUUUACUGGGUUUUAUUUGACUACACCUCAGACCUCAUCUAUCUGGCUGAUAUGCUCGUCAGGACCAGAACAGGUUACCUUGAGCAAGGCUUGAUGGUCAAAGAUGAAAAGCUACUCCGCGACCGCUACAUCAAAAGCUUCCAGUUCCGGCUGGAUGUUAUCUCCAUGUUGCCCACUGAUGUCCUGUAUCUCUUUCUGGGUCUGGACUACCCAGAGAUUCGAGUCAACAAGCUUCUGAGGAUUGGUCGCAUGAUGGAGUUCUUCACAAGGACGGAGACUAAAACCAACUACCCCAACAUCUUCCGCAUUGCAAACUUGAUCAUGUACAUCCUCAUCAUUAUCCACUGGAACGCCUGCUUCUACUUCUCAUUCUCCAAGUCGAUUGGUUUUGGGUCAGACGAAUGGGUUUACCCAGCUGUUGAUGAUCCGGAGGAGCCUGCUUUUGGCCAGCCCAUGCGGAAGUAUGCCUUCAGCCUCUACUGGUCCACAUUAACCUUGACCACAAUUGGAGAAACGCCACCACCGGCCCUCGAUUCUGAAUUUAUCUUCCAUGUGGUUGACUUCUUAGUUGGGGUUCUCAUCUUUGCCACGAUUGUGGGAAAUAUCGCUACCAUGAUCUCCAACAUGAAUGCUGCCCAAGCCCAGUUUCAGGCUCGGAUUGACAACAUUAAACAGUACAUGCAGGUUCGGAAGGUCAGCAAGGAGCUGGAAUUGCGUGUCAUUAAAUGGUUUGACUACCUGUGGAACAAUGGCAGGGCACAGGAUGAGCGUGAGGUGUUGCGGUAUCUUCCAGAUAAAUUGAAAGCUGAGAUCGCCAUCCAAGUUCACAUGGAGACACUCAAGAAGGUUCGCAUUUUUGCAGACUGUGAGGCAGGCUUGCUGAUCGAACUAGUGCUCAAGCUCCGACCUCAGGUGUUCAGCCCCGGAGACUACAUCUGCAAGAAGGGCGAUAUUGGCCGUGAGAUGUAUAUCAUCAAAGAUGGGAAACUGGCCGUGGUCGCAGAUGACGGCGUUACUCAGUUUGUGGUGCUGGGAAGCGGAAGUUAUUUUGGUGAGAUCAGUAUCCUUAAUAUCAAGGGCAGCAAAGCGGGCAACAGGCGGACAGCCAACAUCCGCAGCAUCGGAUACUCAGACCUCUUCUGCCUGUCCAAGGAUGACCUCAUGGAGUCACUCAUGGAGUACCCGGAUGCUAAAGGCAUGCUGGAGGAGAAGGGCCGACAGAUCCUGUUGAAAGAUGGCCUGAUUGACUUGGACCCAGCGAACAUCAAGCCGGAGGCCAAGGAGCUGGAAGAGAAAGUCAACAGGUUAUACAGUACGAUGGAUUUGAUGCAGAUCAAACUGAAGAAGAUUCUGGAGAAAUACAAGAAAAACGAUAAGACUCUGUGGCAUCGCAUCAAUGACUUGGAGCGCCUGACAGGGGAGGAAAUAGAGGACGAUGGUGAGGUGGAGGAGGAUAUGAAAAGGGAGGAGGUUCAAGUGGGAGAGGAGAAAACUGAAGACAUGGGUGGGCUGGAUGAGACAAGGGAAGACGUGAGAGAAGAGCAAGAGAAGCUCGAAACAAAGGACGUUGAAGAAAAAGACAAAUACGUGAAGAAAGAUGACGAGCACAAAGACAAAAAAUAACUGAAAUCCGACAUUUACACAAAUCAUUCUUCUUUGUGGAUAGAACUUUCAACACGAGUCUAUUUUCUGUAUUCAGAUCCAACCGAACAAAAAUAGCUGAACAUGACCAAGUCACGAUGGAAACUACAGUAUAUACAGUCAAAUGCAAAUGGGUAAAUAUAAUUUCAUAAGUAAAAACAAUGAAAGGAUUGAAAUUUGGAUACAUAUGUCACAUG